AUGCCUUCGCCGCAGAACGAUGAACACAGGGACACAGACGGUGCAAGUGUGAGCCGCCGCAGGAAUGCUGUUCAACAUGCAUACCACAGCGGCCGUGGCGUGAUGCACACAGUACAAGGCGAGAUCUUGGAGAGACCACGAUUAAUGGAGGCUCUAGAGGAGGUUGAUGUUGCCCGCAUUGCGCUCACGGCCGACUUCAGAGUGCUGUCAAACCCCGGUCUGCAGCCGCAUUGGACCGCAACGAUGGUCAGCUCUGACGAGAUUGCCCGAGCACUGGGCGAGGACGAGAGAGAACGGACGGUCUUCGGUUAUCUCUGGCUCGCAGUGCGAAAAACAAUCGAGCAACACGUCCGGAACGGCUUGAUAGAUUGCCACUCUGCGCUCACAGAGGGACACCAGUUGGAGGCCGCCGUGUUCGACCAAUUCCUCGCAGAGUUGGGGUGCGCCAUGAUGGAAGUGAUCGAGGGCCCCCACAUCACCUUUCUUCCUCUUGCCGCGAGCGCUGAUGCAGGCACGAUUGUCGUCCGUGCGAGACGGGUCGUGGCCUCUUUCGUAGCUCUAGGUCGCACCCAGGAUCAAGUUGUCAUUUCGAUACCUGCCACGGCUGAGGGCAUUGACGCCGGACGGAUCCUUCAGACUGAACAUGGUAUCCUUGUGAACCUGACGCACGUUGUGGGACCAGACCACGCCGCUGCGUGUGCAGCGGCCGUCCCAUAUGCGAUCACUUUGCUGCUUGCUCAUACGGACAUAGCACCGUCACCACAAAUGAGCAAGACAACGGCUGAUGUACAGGCGGUCGCAGAUUGCUUUCGGACACACGAUCUUCCAACCCUGUUGAUCGGCGGCACGCUCCCUCAUAUCGACGAUGCAUGCGAAUUCACAAUGCUAGACGCUCUUCUUUUCACGACUGAGCAAGCGGCUCAGGCGGAGUACUACACGAAGUAUCCCUCUAUAACAGAGUCCCGGGCAGUCACAAGUCGAAAGUCUAAUGCGACCUUUUCAAACACCAAAUCUGCCAAUGUCCCUCAUAGCCAGAGAAGAGGGAAGCUCUACGAUGUCAUGCAGUUGACAGGGUCGCGCACGCGGGCUACAUCAGGUCGCUGCGUCUCCGAUAUUGACUACCGCCCCGAAUCCGUUCGCACUAUAAUGGGCUACUUGCAAUCGGAACUUUACUGGCGGAUAUCUUUGACACGUCCGUUGACCUCGGUCAAUUGCCUUAACUCGCUGCCCGCCCGCUCAAACGUGAAGACGCCGAAGCGACAGCGGAAUAGCUCUGAUGGACCUGCGCCUACAUCGAAACGGAGCAAGGCUUCCGAAUCUGAGGAAGAUGAAAGGGACUCUCUUCCGACGCCCCCUGUCCCUUUGCAGACUCGCGAGCAGAUUGCAGAGCUUUCUUCAAGCCUCGUCGAUGGCUCGUGGAGGCGUCGUCUGCUCACAGGCGUCACGAGCAAACCGUCCACCUCGCCGUGCGUGCCACACAAGCCCGACGAGAAUUCGUCGCCGGCCGACGCUGGGAACGCCGCACAGGUCGGACAGAAGGCUCGCCCUACUAGACCUCUGCCUAGGCGCGCUGCACUCAGUCAGAUCAGCUCUACGCCCACGCGUACUGCGGCCGCAUUUGGAGUAGACGGACUAACUUGA